AUUGUCUCUUCCCUUCUUCUUAAUUUCAUCCACCUACCUGCGCUAAACGUCUCCUGUAUUCACUCGAGUCCUAUUCCAUCGCUGCGAUUUCGCAGCCUUUACAAUCGGCAAUGGCGGGUCAAGGAGAGGCGGCGGAUUACUACAAUGAUCCCAAUUCGCGCAAGGACGACUAUCAAAUGCAGCAACCAUACUACAACAACAAUGGCAACGGCAACGGUCAAGCGUACGGAAAUCGCCAAUACAACGGACCACAGCACAUGCCUCCCCCGCCCACCUACAACCAGAACUACAGCCAGUCGGAAACCAAGCCAACCUACAAUCAAGCCUUCAAAGUCGAGAAACCCAAGUACAACGACAUCUGGGCCGGCCUGCUCUUCCUCGCCGUUUGCGCAGGCUUCGUCGCCGUCUCGGGUAUCGCUCUACAGGGCUACGCAGCGACAUAUGGCUUCCAGGGCGGCGGGAUAUAUGGAGGGAGCAACAAUUUCGGCCUCGACACCAACACCAUUGUCCUCUUCAUCUUCUGUCUCGCUGUAGCGCUCGUGCUCGGCUAUGGCUACGUCUGGGUCGCGCGCAUGUUCACGAAGCAGUUCAUCUGGAUUACCGGCAUCUUGCAUAUCGUGUUCAUGCUGGCGACCGCUAUCUACAUGCUCUACCGGAAAUACUAUAGCGGAGGAAUCGUCUUCCUUCUCUUCGGUGUGUUCGCUGCGUUCUGUUUCUACACCUGGAUUCCCCGGAUUCCUUUCAGUGUUCUGAUGCUACAGACUGCAAUUGAUGUGUCGAAAACGUAUGGACAUACGUAUCUCGUCUCGUUCAUUGGGGGCAUCAUUGCUGUUGCUUUCGGGGCAUAUUUCAGUGUUACCCUGGUGGCCGUCUACGCAAAGUACGAACCCGGCGCAAAUCCCGCAUGCAGCGCCGGCGGCAAUUGCAGCUCGGGCAUUGUCAUCGGGCUCAUCGUCUACCUCACCUUCGCGGCAUACUGGAUCUCCGAAUGGCUCAAGAACACCAUCCACACGAUCUGCAGCGGAGUGUACGCCUCGUGGUUCUUCGCGCCCAGAAACCCUCCUUCUGGAGCAACUCGGGGUGCCACUCGUCGCGCCUUGACGUACAGCUUCGGCUCAAUCAGUUUCGGCAGUCUCAUUGUUGCCAUCAUCAACAUGCUUCGACAGAUCUGCUCGAUUGCGCAGCAGUCUGAGGCCAACUCGGGGAAUAUGGCCAUGGCUUGCUGCUUUUGCAUUCUUCAAUGCUUCAUUGGCAUCCUGGACUGGGCUGUGCAGUUCAUCAACAGAUACGCUUUCUCUUUGAUCGCCCUGUACGGAAAGUCAUACAUCCAGUCCGCCAAAGAUACCUGGAAAAUGAUCAAAGACCGCGGAAUCGACGCGCUCAUCAACGAAUGCCUGAUCGGCCCCGUCUUCACCAUGGGCGCCAUGUUCGUCGCCUACGCCUGCGCCCUCAUGGCCUACGUUUACAUCGUCUUCACCGACCCGGCCUACAACCGCAACGGCGACUUCACUCCAGUCGUGGUAGCAUACGCCUUCCUCAUAGGCUUGCAGGUUGCGAACUGCUUCACCGUGCCGCUCUCCGCUGGAAUUGAUACCUUAUUCGUCGCCAUGGCGUGGGAUCCUGAGGUCUUGAUGAACGAGCACCGUGAACUGUACCAGCGUAUGACGGCAGUCUACCCCCACGUACAGCAAGCUAUUCACGCGUAAGAGGUACCAGGGAUUGUCGAGACCUUUGCGCUUGAUUGCAGGGCGGCAAUGGUAUAGAAAGGCGUUGGGUUUGGGACAAAUAUUGUAUCGUAGAUGGGUGUGCCUUUAUGGAUCAUCUCCGGGGUCUCACGGAUGUGUGGACGUCUCGUCCUGGAACACUCUGCUUCCUCUCCAUUGAUAGUGGAUUGGAGAAGAGCCUUUUCGUGUACGGCUUGCGCGUUUCUGACACACGUUGUGCACACGCGUAAUCUGACCAAGACCGUCAUCGUCCUACUUAACCUUACCAAGAUUGUCAUCGUUCUACUUGUUGUUACUCACUGUCGCUACGUUUCAUCUAUCUUACGUCCUUUGUGUCUUUGGUGCUUGGUCGAUUGUGCCUGCGAGUGCAACGUUUGAGGAAGCCAGCACACAAGGCUGGCUCACUGGACUAAAGUGAGGCUCAUGGAUGGACAACAUCGAGC